UGUUAGAGACGCUGAAGAGUUUCCCACCUCAUGCCACUGCUGCCGGUGCCUCCCAGUCACCCAAUGGCGCGUAUCUUCCAGAUCAAAAGCGCGUUAACCUUCAUGUCCGGAGGCGACUACGAACUCGAGAUCUGUGACCAUCUCUUACAAUCGGAUGUCUUUCCGAACAGUCCCUGGAUAAUGGGCCUUCGGGCCUGCGUCUUGAGCGACCUCCACGAGUACGAUAGGGCAGAGCAGCAAUUCGAUCAUAUUUUUGAGAUGGACCCCCAACGCAUUGAAUGGGUAGACAUGUACUCGAACGUACUCCUCGUGACGCAACAGAAGGUCAAACUCGCCAAGAUUGCGCACGAGUUCGUUGCCCUCGCCAAAGACCGUCCGGAAGUCUGUGUCGCAAUAGGCAACCACUUCGCGCUGCGGGCUGAACACAUGAAGGCUGUGAAGUACUUUCGCCGAGCGGCAGAGCUUGAUUGUACUUUGACGGGUCCUUGGACCUUAAUGGGACACGAGUUGGUCGAAAUGAAGAACUCGCACGAAGCCAUGGAUGCGUAUCGUCGUGCGCUGUCCCUCAACCGUCGAGAUUACCGUGCGUGGUACGGGCUCGCCCAGGCGUCGGAACUCUUGUCGAUGAAGGAGAAUGCAUUGUACUACUAUCAGAACGCAGUCGCAUUGAAGCCUUACGACGUCCGUAUGCUGCAAGGCUUGGCGCAAUGCUACGAGAACAUGGGGCGACUCCGCGAGGCUGUCGACUGCCUUAGACGUGUUCUAUACGCCGCAAGCCCCCACGAGCAAUUCAGCACGCUCAAGCUGGCAUCCCUACAUCGCAUCAUGGGUGAAUACCGAGAGGCUGCGUCUUAUCACCAUCGUAUCGUCCAGAUCUGCAACGCGGAGAACCGUCCUAUCGCUGAUUAUGCGAAGUCAACGCUGGAAGUUGCGAAUUACCACAUGCAUAACCCCGGCGGUAACCUGCAUCUCGCGCGCGAGCUACUAGCGGUUGUCGCGCAAAGUAACGCCGAGGAUGUCGACAAGGCCCAGGAGAUGUUGAAGGAAGUCAACGAAAUGCUGAAAGCUCGGCAGGCAAAGGCUGUUGCGACAAAGUCUUCCCAGGUCGAGCUCAAGAGACUUGCAGCGGGACAGAGUCAUGAAAGGAUGGACACUCAAUAGUCACGCGAUCGCUCUUUGUAUUCCGUAGGCUUUCAUGGUAACAGCCAUUGUUUCGUC